AGAUAGAGUGGAGGAAUAGUUUCCUUAGCUUAGAAAAAAAAUAUAAUACUCCAGGAAAUCUAUCCGUCCGCAAGCAGCACGCCCACCCAGGUAGCACAGCAACAGCAAGGCAACACCCUGAGCUGUAUAUAAAUGGCCUCCCCUCUUCCCUGAUCCCCAAAUGUCCCCGGCCCGGCCCCCCUGCUUCCAUCCUUAAACCCUGCAUAAGCCUCGUCUUUCCCACACCCACCAUCGCGCUCGGCUCCAGCCGCCUUCUCCUCCUGCAGUUCUGCCUGCUUCUUCUCUCCCCGAGUUCUGACGACGCCGGGAGACAAAGGAGGAGACGCCGGCGCGCGAGCAGGAAGAACAAAGCGCACAGCGAGCUCCGCUGCUGGUGCUGGCUCCGUCGUUUCCCGGUGUCAAGCAGCUCCCGCCAUCUCGAUCGCCGCCUCUUGUGUUCGUUCUCCUUCCGGGAGGUGCAGCUAGCGAUUGCCAUCGAUCCUGGAAAACACGGCAAGCAAAUACCAGUAGUGUGCCAGUGCGAAGAAGAUGAUGAUGGCUGAAGUGGCCAAUCACAGCAAGAGGAACCACACCGACAGCUACUUCAGCGGGAAGGCCGUCGUCACCACCAGCUCGGAGGAGUUUGGAAGCAUGAUCUCGAAGAAGCCGAGGAACACGAGCCCGAGGACGUCUCCCGUGUCACCAAAGGAGAAGAAGGACAGGAUCGGCGAGAGGGUCGCCGCGCUCCAGCAGCUAGUGUCACCGUUUGGAAAGACGGAUACGGCUUCUGUUCUGCAGGAGGCGUCAGGGUACAUCAAGUUCCUGCACCAGCAACUCGAGGUCCUGAGCUCCCCUUACAUGCGUGCUCCUCCGGCCGCCGGCGCUGCGCCUGAGGAUCCCGAGCACUACAGCCUCCGGAACCGCGGGCUGUGCCUGGUUCCGGUGGACCUGACUCUGCAGCUGACCCAGAGCAACGGGGCCGACCUGUGGGCGCCGGCGAACACGACCAGGCGCAGGUGAGGACCAAGCCCGCCCGCCUCUGGUCUCCCCGGACGGCCGGACCCCGGAGGAAUGGAACCGAGGAAGAAGUACUACUGCAUCUGCGUCUGCAUGUGCGGGGGCGUAGAAUUUCCAAGCGCCUGACCCCAAUUCGAUCUCCUAACAAGAAACUAAGCGAGCGUCGAUCUCCGCUUGUAUUAUACUAGUGACCUGUCUGUAUGCCUGUCUGAUCUCUCCUUGGCACCGUAUUAUGUAUGAUCAGAUGUUGGCAAGGAACUGCGUCUCUGUGGUACUGUAUCUGUAUGUAUGUGUUUAGUGACAUGUUAUAGCCUGUUGCCAUCAGCAACUGAAGCAGCAGUUUAAUGCUAGUUUCCUUGAGGUGCCCGGUGCUAUCGAGUUCAGUCUA